AAUAAUAAAACAUGCAGCAAUAUUAAAAUUUUAAAUAAUAAAAAUACCCCACCGAGUCUCUCUCUCUCUCUUUCUGAUCUCAUUUCUGAAGCUUAUUUUGAUCAACCUGCAAAUCCUGAGAAUAAGUCAAAGAGAACCGAGAAGAGAUUUUCGAAACAGCUUUUUAUUGUUUUAAUUUUUUUAGGUGAAUAUAUAAAAAUCGUAAUUUUUAAUAUAAUAUUCAGUUCCGGCUUAGCUCGAUUUCUGAUCUUCAAUGGACUCUGAUUUCUGGACCUCUCGUCUGGCCGCUGCCAAGCGUCAAUACACGUUACAGCAUCAUCAUCAGAGCUCGCAACUGGAUCGGUUGAGCAUAGAUGAUUUUGAGGUAGAAGAUGAGGUACGGCCUGAUUUCCCAUGUCCAUAUUGUUACGAGGAAUUCGACAUCGCUUCGCUCUGUUCGCAUCUCGAAGAUGAACACUCGUGCGAGUCAAAAGUUACGGUAUGCCCUAUUUGCUCUGUUAAAGUUGCAAGGGACAUGUUAAGUCAUAUUACUCUGCAACAUGGACACUUAUUUAAGUUACAGAGACGUCGUAGAUUACGUAGAGUUGCAAUUCCUAGCAGUCAAGCUUUGUCUCUUCUGGGCCGUGAUCUCAGGGAAGCUCAUCUUCAAGUGCUUUUAGGGGGUGGUGGACAUCGGUCAAACAAUGUGAAUGUGUCUAAUGCAGCAACUGAUCCUUUCCUUUCAUCUCUUAUUUUGAAUUUUCCUACAUCUGAAGUAGAGGAAAUUUCAAAGUCUGUUGUAACAAGUGCUGAGGACACUGCUGCAAAGAAUCCAGCACCAACACAUAUGUGGAAAUCAAGUUUUGAUCCUUCUUUGAGUCACGAAGAACGGGAAAAAAGGAUGAGACAAGCUGCUGGGAGAGUUGGUUUUGUGCAAGAUCUCGUGCUGACAACUCUGUUGAACGACUGACGGAAGACAGUAAGUCAGUUAAAAAUAAUGGCAUUAUACAUGUUCAAAAUCUUGAUAUGGGGUAAUAUUUGGGAGAGAUUUGAAUGGCUUUAUGUUGUUUAACAACCCAGUGCAUGCCUUACUGAUAAUAUUCCCAUCCUUAGCUCCUACUCUACCCAAGAUGUACUACAUUCUGGAGAAACAAUGCUCUUCUAAUCUAUUGAAAACUUUAUUAA